AUGCCUCUAACAAUCAAGAUCGAUGAUUUAACGAUAGUGAAGACAUGGGUCGACGUGGCCUUCGCGGUACACGAAGAUUUCAAGUCUCACACAGGAAACAUGAUAUCCAUGGGCAAAGGCGCUUUGUAUGCACGUUCCAUGAAACAGAAGCUCAAUACAACAAGCACGACGGAGUCGGAAACCGUCGGCGCCAGUGACUGUCUCGGACAAACUAUCUGGACUAUGAACUUCCUGGAACACCAAGGCAUACGUACACGCAGGAGAUAUUACUAUCAAGAUAAUGAAAGCGCGAUGCGUUUAGAAAAGAAUGGUAGACAGUCUGCGAGCAAAAGAUCGCGACACAUAGACAUCAGAUUUUUCUUUAUUAAGGAUCGCAUUAAGCGAGGUGACAUUCACCUGCUCUAUUGUCCCACGGAGGACAUGCUGGCAGAUUUCUUCUCCAAGCCACAACAAGGCAGCUUGUACACACGCUUCCGCGACAUGGUAAUGGGCAUCACGCCAGUACCACCCGUGGAAGAUCCUUCCUUGACUUGCCCGACAUCUCAGGAGCGAGUUGGAAGUAGUAUUUUUGGAGCUGGCGGACAACGUACGGACGGCGAGAAUAUGACCAAAAUGACCAGACCAACGGUGACAUGGGCAGACCGCGUUCGCGGUUUCGCAGGUGGGAUUGCCAGACCAGAGUCGCUUGGUCCCGCGCAUAAGAAAAAACUAGUAAAUAGGAAUCCCCCGAAUAAACGGACCAAAACGGACAUUUGUCCGUCUGUCCGAUCGGACGUGUCGAACUGCUUCCAUCAAGGAGUUUCCAAUGAAUGGUCUCCAAGAGAGCAAUUUCAACACGCUCCUAACUCUGAAGAUCAGAGUAGGAGAGACGUCCAAAAGCGUGAUGUUCAGCUGGAACAUCACAUGAGCUGCACCCGUGUACACACCCAUGUUGCCAAUGGACAGGCACACCAAAACGGUAGAUUGGUAUGUGGUGUGCAGCCAGUGAUCUUCGAGGACUCAGCGCUAGCGCUCCUGUUUUUCCGCAAAAACAUGGAGGCGGCAUGUGCCACUAAAGAUCACUUCUUAACUGGAGGGGACAAAUUGUGGCAUGGCGCUCCUGAGUUGGAAGUAGUAUUUUUGGAGCUGGCGGACAACGUACGGACGGCGAGAAUAUGA